CCGGCCGUGGCUCCUCCCGAGCGCAUCACGGCGGGCGGAGCCUGCGCCGGCCGAGCCGAGCCGGGCCGAGCCGAGCCGGGCAGCGCAGCACGGUGCCGUCCGGAGGUGCCGGCACUGCCCCUCUCCUCCCCAGCUUGGGUACCACAAGCGGGGCCGAGCAUCUUCUCCUGCAUCUUCUCCUGCAUCUCGUGACGUGCGGGCUCCGUCCAUCCGCGGGUGAGGCCGAACGCGGGCCUGGGCAUCUCUGACCUCCGACAGCUUCGGGAGCCGUUCUCCAGGGAAUUCAGCUCAUCCGGGCCUGGCUGCUCGCCCCUAUGGAGGAGCUGCACGGACUGACAACAAACAGCACGUGUGGGCCCUGCCCAGCAUGGAGCACCCUGCAGUAGCAGCGCUGGGUGAGCUCUCAGAAGCCCUGGAGGGGUUUUUAAGCAAGGCCAGGCUGCCUGCUGGGAUUUUAAGGCCCUUUUCCCUCUCCUGAGCGGUGCCAGCAGCUCGUGGAUCCUGAGCCGUGCGCCCUGGGAUGCUCUCCCUUGAGAACACCUCCCUCCGAGCAGCAGCCAUCGCCCUGGACAGACCCAGCGGGGAUCAUUUCGGGAAGGAGCCCCUGCAGGUGGAGCUGUGCUGGGGCAGAUGAGUGAGCCGGUGAUGAACGGGAGGGUUCCCCUGCCCGAGAAAGCCCUGUCCGAGGGCUACGCCCGCCUCAGGUACAGGGACACGUCCCUGCUCAUCUGGCAGCAGCAGCAGCAGAAACUGGAGUCGGCUCCCCCCAACACGUACCUGAGCCGCAGCAGGAGCAUGUGGUACUCGCAGUACGGCAACGAGGCCAUCCUGGUGCGGGACAAAAACAAGCUGGAUGUGCCCAGGGACACGGGCCAGUCCAAGUUCUGUGCUAUUAUGUAAUUCCCGCCGGGAAUCCACACGUGGAGAGGAAGCAGAGCUGGGGGAGGUGGGUGUGCACCACCCUCGCACGGCGCUGCACAGGAAGCAGCGCUGCAGGAAGGCUGAAUUUGAUUGUUUGUGUUUGGUUUUGUUGUUUAUGGACUCCCAUUCUGAGUGUGUACAGCAAACCCAGCCGUGCUGGGGAGCUCUCAAGGCUGUUGCUGCCCAGCAUCUUGGCAGGGGCUGUGCUGGACCAUGUGUUGUUUCUAAGUGGCUCGUGUGCCCUGAGAAACACCCGCUGGCACUUGGGUGCCAUCCCCAGCCACCCUUCCUGGCCACUCCUGGGGCUUUUCCUGAGCUCUGGGAAUGCUGGUGGGACACAGGAGCACAGAUCUCUUCCCAUCAAGGCUGGGGUUUUAAGAAGUUGAUCUCCAAAACCAUCUGGCCAUUACUUGUUCUGUUUGCCCUGUCUGUCUUUAACUGCUGCCCUGAAGUGGUCUCUCCCAGCCAGGGAAUGGAGUGGUUCACUGUGGGAACAGGGAGGGAAUGUGUUGAGAAUUUAAUCCAAGCCUUCAAAACACCUGGUAGGAAAUGUGUGCUGGAGUUUCAUGCAAAGCCAAGGGCCCUCUCUGAUUUCCCUCAUGCAAAUAACAGGAGCUGUGGAGUCAGGGGAGCUGACUCCUUUCAGACCCACCUGAAAGGGAGGGACAUAUCCAGGAAAUCAACAGCAGGAAACCCCUGUAAAUACACACAUGUGCUAAGGGACGUGAGGAAACUCCUGCAGAGCCCAGAGCCACUCCUGGGAUGGGCUGCAGGAGGAAAGAGGCCACUGGAGUUUGCUUUGCAUUCGAGUUUUAAUGCAUGCAGUAGCUUGGAAGGGUUUAACUUCUAGUUCAGGUUGGAUUGUAGGUUUGGUGCAUGUAUUGUAGAAGUUGUGUCUGGGAUUGUUACGAUUAACUGGAGGAUUUUAGGAGGGAGAAGCACUGCCCUGCUCGGGCACAGAGGCUGCUGCUUUCAGGUUUAAGUUUCUGCUGAAUCCUGACUCGCUCAAGGCAAGAUCAUGCUGAGGAGGAACUCAGCCCAGCAAGCACCUGAAUCUUUGUUAAACACAGAACUACCACUUCCAGGGGUGUGAGUUAUGUACCCAGGGUUCAGCAUGGAAAUUCUUCAGGGUUCUGCCCUUUCUGUCCUGCCUAGGCCAUGUGUGCAACCCAGCAGUGCCUGGGCACAGGCUUAGCUCCAGGCAAAUCAGCAUUUGAUGUCAGCUUCAGGAUGGAUUAUUUACCUGCCUAUUAUUAGGCACACUCAUUACUUCUGUUCUAUUUAUCUAAAACCUCCUUUGUGUUAUUUUCAAGCACUUUAUUUUAUUUAUUUUUUUAAAAUGCAAUGAAGAAACUCUUCCACCUCUCCCGUGUGGGUGAAAUGCUACAACAAACACACAGACACUCAACCUUGCUGAACUCAAUGUACUGAGCAGAACACACCUGUCCUAGAGUGAAAUCAUAGAGGUUUGGUGUACUCAGCCCUGCUCCAUAGCACUGCAAACAAUAGGCAGCUGGUUGUUUUCUUAAAGCACUAUUUCUGCAUGUGUUGGUGUUUGAUACCUUGUGUGUGUGUGUGUGUGCUCAUAGAUUUAAACCUCGCUGCUUUGCAGACCUGUGCAUUGCUCUGCACACAAAUAACCCUCUUGCUUUUGUCAGGACUAGCUCUGCAGGAGAAACAACCCAGUGAAUAAAUGUUUUUCCAAGCGAGUGCAAUGAGAUCCACAAACCCAGCGAGGCUUGGCAGGGUGCUGGGGGAGCGGUGCCAGGGAUGUGUGACCCACCUGGGCCUCCAGCUCCUGGCUGAGUGAACAGGGAGAUUAUUCACUCCAGCAAGCAGGGGGCUGGGCCCUGAGCUCCCCUGGGAACUGCAGGUGGAUUCACCUGGAGAGGGAGGUGGGUUCCAGGCCAGCCCUGGGGAGCACGUGAACUCUGGGAGUUUUAAGGAACAGCACAUCCCCCAAACCAGCUGUUCAUUUUUCUUUUCUUAUAGAAAAAGAAAUCCAACACUUUAUUUUCUUUUUAAUUUUAGUGAGGAAGAUGCUUAUUUUUGGGUAUAAUCAGUCUCUUUUUGUUAACGUGGCUGGUAAACCAAAAUUCAGUUAUUUUACAGAACAAGACUAAACCCGUAAGAAUGUGCAUAAAUUCUUCCAGGAUGGAGGCUGGAUGUGACAGUGCAGGAAGAAGAGGAUGAGUUGUCCUUCCAUCUCUGUGAAUGUGACUGUAGUUUUCCAUUUCUGUGUGUCACUGGUCACAGCAGGGCUCUGGAUGGCUGCUGUGGCUGUUCUGUGAGCCAGCUGCGUGGUGGUGAUGCACUUGUUUCAAACACUGUUGUAGCCUCUUUGAUAAAGUGCAUUAAAAUGAUUUGAAUGCA